AUGCCACAAAAAGGAGUACAAACACAUUGCAUACAAACACCGUCCCUGUUCUCGCCCCGUUUGCUUCAGGAAUCCGAGGCUCCUUCGAUCACUUCCAGCUUCGAUGGCCUGAAAGCUCAUGCGGCUAGGGCAGCCGCUGAGAAUGCUGAACCGAAGACCGGCGGAAAACUAACGACCAAGAACGCCGUGCAGAAGUUCUUGGAUAGCCUGCUCCAGAAAUCUGGAAAGCUUCGAGGACUUAUCCGGGAGCUAGAUGAUUGCUAUGCGAACAGCAGUGUGAUGCAAACGAAUGCGAAGAAGUAUGAGAAGAAGUCCACUGCCGACCCUUCUGACCAGGGCGGUCAGAAAGCACCCAAGGGCAAGAACAAAGUAAGCAAGGCUGCAGGAAUGUGCGAGCGGGUGGCCAUGACCUGCCGGUCAGCAAUUCGGGUAGCCCAGGGCGUGGUUCGGGACGUUGGCGCUUCAGCCAGCAAGAGUUCGGGGCUAGCUGACUUGGCUAGAUGCACCGAAACGAACAGUGAAAGGGACAUGAAUGUUUUGACCAGGCGCUACAAGCUGUGCCUCCCUGUUGAAAUGUCAGUUAUCAACAAGACGCCUGGUGUCCGCUACACGGGCGAAUUCAACAUGUUGAAGCUGACUGCCUGGAUUCGCUUUCAUCUCGAAUACAACACGUGGCACCUGCUGGUCGGGUUACGCACCCCCAAUCCUAAGAGAGAGAGGAACAUCCUUUCUGAAUGGUGGAAACGAUAUCGGCUCUUGCGACCUGAGCAUGAAGUUUUCCGCAUCAUUGACGAGCAGAACCUUGACACGUCGCGAAUGGUUCCUGCGCUUUUUCAUGGCGACGAAGGUCGCGGCAAGAAGCGAGCAGCAUUCCUGGUUUGCGCCAUUCACUCCUACUUGGGGUUCGGAACGCUCCUGUCGAACAAGACACAGAAGUCUCGGCCUUUCCUCCGCGUGAGGCUGAACUACGCUGGCAACUCGCACAUAUCUCGCAUGCUGGUGGCAGUGUUGCCCAAGAUGUUGAAAGAUGAGAUCGCAUUUCAAGAUCUCAUGGCGGCCAUCACACAGGACUGCUUGGACAUGUUGCUCAAUGGCAUUGUGAGUCCACAUGAUGGUCAAACAUACAGGGUCGCUGUUUUGCAGGUUUGCGGAGAUUGGAUGUUUCUACAGAAGGCUGGCGGGUUGGCCCGAAGUUAUGCCAAUUGCCAGAAGAGGCCGUGGGCGGAAAACGCCAUUCCACGUGGCAUCUGCCACUUGUGCAAAGCAGGCCAGAGCAAUGUUCCGUUUGAGGACCUGCUUGUAACUGCAAGAUGGAGGAGCACCAUGCAUGAUCCAACCGACAGCCCUUUCAUUGGUCAGCCAGUGCUGCUUCGCCUGCCCCAUGACCGGGCGCGGCCCGCAGGCCUUUUCGCCUUUGACCUAUGGCACGCUUGGCAUCUUGGCAUGGGCAAGACAUUUUCUGCCUCGGUAUUGUGUAUGAUCGCAAUGCAGAUGCCUGCAAGCAACGUUGAGGACAGGUUUAGCUUGUUGACCCGCAAGUACCUUGAAUUUUGUGACUCUGCUCACGAGACACCGUACAUCUUGCAGCUCACGCAUAUUGGUCUUGGCUGGCCAGACACCAAGACAUACCCCAACGCCCAGUGGAGUAAGGGGCACAUUACAACAUUGAUGAUGAAGUUCCUGGAGGACUACUUCAACCGGCACCCUUGUGAUGCAUCCGUGGAUCCGCUGUUUCCCAAGUGCCGUGAAGCGGUCAUUGCUAUGAAUCGGUUCAUGGAGCAGCUGUACUCCUCUGAGUUGUGGAUUGCUUCCGAUGUUGCUUUGCCCUUGGCCCGUUUGGGCGAAAAGUUCUUGUCUUUGUACAUGGAUUUGGCCUAUGAAGCAUUCCAUGCAGGGCGCCAUCACUUUGUCUUCAUGCCAAAGGCUCACAUUUUGAGCCAUGUCAUUGAAACCAUGAUGACGGACUGCCAGUCCGGUGCUCCCUACGUGCUCAACCCGUUGACGCACGCGGUGCAGGUUGACGAGGAUUUUGUGGGGAAGGUGUCGAGGGUGUCACGCCGCGUUGGUGUUGGACAAGUGAUCCAAAGGGCGUUGCAACGCACGUUGAUGGCGUCCUGGAAGCACUACAUUGCCAAUGGAUUCAUCAGAGCUUCGUGA